GAUGUUUUAAUCGAUGUUUUCAUCGAUGUUCCACCUCUAUCGCAAAUAAAAAAUUGCAAAUAAAAUUGCGAAAAGCAGAUUGUUGUUUAAAAGUUAAACAAAUGCGCUUAAUAAUAACAACGGGAUAAAUGCAAAGGCGAAACUGAACCCCACGCACACUAGCGUAAGUGUGUGUGUGUGAACGGCAAAUUGCAAAGUGCAAAUUGCGAACUGCGGAGUUACCCCCCUGCCCCUCUGGAAAUCCCGUGGAAAACCAGUGGCCAACUGAAGCGGGUCUUCAGCAUCCCCUAGGAAUAGCAGGUAUCUAAUCCCAACUGACCACCUGGAUGCCCGGCUUCCACCUCAAUGAGAUGGGUGAAAUGGUCCUGGACGCCAUCGACGACAUCGGCGUGGUGGAUGUGUACGAUCUGGCCUCCGAUAUUGGCAAGGAGUACGAGCGGAUCAUGGAUCGCUUCGGCACGGAUGCAGUCAGCGGGCUGAUGCCCAAGAUAAUCAACACGCUGGAGCUCCUCGAGGCGCUGGCCACCAAGAAUGAGCGCGAGAACGCGACCAUCCAGGAGCUGCGCGACAAGGUGGCCCAGCUGGAGAGCGAGAAGCUGGAGAAGGCCGAGUUCCGGCGGCGAUUCGACAAGGAGCUGGAGCUCAUCGAGGAGCAGUGGCGGAGUGAGACCAACGAGCUGGUCGAUCUGGUGUCCUCGCUGCAGGACGAGAACAAGCGGCUGGUGAAGCAAACGCAGGACCUGCAGUCGUCCUCGGCCCAGAGUUCUGGGCUGGGCGCCAGCCUCACCGAGAGCAUCAUCAGCAUGACCAACCACGAGCUGCACGGCGCCCUCUCGGACACCCAGGUGCUGCAGCGCCUCAAGGAGCAGAUAUACAAGCAGCGCGACGAGCUGAAGCACCGCGAACGGGAGCUGCAGGACAAGUACAGCGAGCUGGAGCACCUCACUAUCCAAGCGGAACGCCUAAAGGCCUCGGAGCGGGACACUCGGAGGCGCCACAAGCUGAUGCAGGCCCAGGUGAAGACGCUGUGCGAGGAGCGCGCCGACUUUCUGGCCCAACUGCAGGACCAGAGCCGCGAGAUCAACCAGCUGCGCAAGCGCUUGGGCCUGGCCGAAAAGGAGAACGAGGAUCUGGUGGCCUCCUACGAUGAUGGCCAAAACGACCCGAAUCGGCCGCGCUACACGACGCGCGAGCUCAAGGAGCUGAUCAGCGAACGGGACGAGCUGCUGACCACCAUCGACGGGCUCAACGAGCAGCUGGCCGAGCUGAAGCCGCCCAAGGCCAAGGCCAAGCGGCAGCGCAACUUCUCCAGCUCCGACGACAGCGACGAGGAGGAAGACCACGGUCAUGUGGCGGACAACGAUGACGACGAGGAGGAGGUGGAUGUGGAGGCUCCCGUGGACGAGUUGGAGCCGCCAGCAGCCGGAGAAACGCCGCCUGGUCACGAUGCGCCUGUGCAGGGACCGCUGCCCUACGAACCGGACGAUGCGCCCUGGAAGAAGAGCUCCGAGUCGGGAAUACGCAAGUUCUUCCGGAAACUGUUCUCGGACCCCUCGGACGGCAACAACACAUUCCCGAAACGUUCCUUGGCCACGCUCUCCAAGAUGGCGCUGUCGGCCACGCCCGGUUCCGUUUCCGCCUCCGCAGCGGCGAAGUAAGCGCCCCCUUAAAGCAUCCGAGUUGGCGUGCAUUUCACAUUUUUCGUUUGUUUUUUCUGUUUUCUGUUUUUCCGUUUCCGUUCCGUUACGUUCCGUUUGCACUGCUCCCCUACUGCAUCUUGCAUCUUUAUUUCCACAUUUCUACAUUUCCAAAUAUUAUUUAUUUAUUUAUUUAUUACGUUUAUGUUUAGUUUAGGCAACAGCCUGUAUUUGACCCUGUCCCUCGCCAUUCACCUGCUCCGCUUGAGCUGUACAUACAUAGUUUACACACUCGAUUGCUGUGCCCUCGUACUUCUAAGUUGUUAUGCGAUCUUUUUUACGUAACCCGUAACUCGUAACCCGUAACUUUACUGGAUAUAUUUUAUAUAUCGUUUGUACCUUCGAUUUAUAUUCUAACUUUAUUCUAACGACUACCAUCUAAGACUCCAAACAUACCACACAGCCCAUACAAAUGCAAGAACAAGAACAAGAA